AACCUUUAACGGUAGUACAUUGAAUUGGAUAACAUAACUUUUCAAGGGAAUUGAUUUAUGGAAUUGGAGAGUAAAAUAAUAAAUAUUAAUAUAACUUAUAAAAUAUUUUAUUCAAAUAGAUUCAUGAAAUACAAUUUUUCAAACAUGUUAAUUUUACGUUUUACUUUGUCUUUGAUUACAUUAUUAUGUGUAAAUGGAAAAGUACAUUCUAGGAAACAUAACAGAGGUGGCUAUCGUGAAGAAUGUCCAUGUGGUGUAUCUGAUUUCGUUGAACAGCGCAUUAUUAAUGGAGAAAUAGUUGAAGAUUACACAAAAUACCCUUGGAUUGUUGGUUUGAUACUCUCUAAAUCGAACCCUCCUUGGGGUUCUUGUGGCGGAGUUUUAAUUUCCCCAACAUUUGUCUUAACGGCAGCGCAUUGUGUUCCCGCCAGGGGAAAGGAAAAGGUGCUAAUUGGAUUGUUAGGCAAAAAUAAAAAGAAACCUGCUAAAACAGUGCGGGCCAAACGCUUCAUUGUUCAUCCUGACACUGGCAUCGACUUGGCCCUUAUAGAACUAGAGAAUUCCGUUCCUUGCACUCGGUACAAUAAACCAAUUUGUGUCGAUCCACGUCAAAAUAUCGCAACAGUUGACAAGAUAAUGACUAUUGCUGGUUUUGGUGUAAUAACAGUGAGCAAUCGUACAGAAGUACUUCGAGAAGGUACUUCACGUAUUGUUGACUUCAGGAAGUGUCCUCCUGAUUAUAGCGAAUCAAUGCACAUCUGUGGAAAGGCAAAUGGACGUACAAGGGUUUGCUUCCUGUAG